AUGUACUUUAGAACUAUUAUCUGUAUAUCAUUGCUGGCAAUGUUGAUGUCAGUCCAUGCUAUACCAUUGACUGUUUUAGUCCCUACUCAAGAUAGUUUUUAUAUCCCACCUGAAGGAUUUGAGAGGUAUAGUAAUGGACAUAUUCUCAAGUUAAGAAAAACUCCACAUCCUUUAAGAAGAGCAAAGCAACAGAUUAAUAUAAAAAACUCCUGGCAGGCAAUGGUUAGAUCCAGCGACUCUUAUGGAGCAGCCACUACGAUUGUCACAACAAUCAUGGAACCUUAUAAUGCUGAUCCUGAAAAAGUCGUUUCUUAUCAAAUAUUUGAAAAUUCAGCAUGCAUUGACUGUCCUCCUUCCUAUGGUUUACAACUUGGUGCUAAUGAAACUACUCUCACUGAACUGAAUGAAAUGUAUUUCAUUGAAAUAGCAUUAAAUAAGGGUUGGUUUGUGAUAACUCCCGACUACGAAGGUCCAAAGGCUGCGUUUAGUGCAUCUAUACAAGAAGGACAAGCUACUUUGGAUUCAAUAAGAGCUGUACUAAAAAGUUCGAAUACUACCGGUAUCAGCAAUCACGCCAAAGUUGCCAUGUGGGGCUAUUCUGGAGGCACAAUCCCUACAACAUGGGCAGCUGCACUACAACCAACGUAUGCGAGUGAGUUGAAAGCCAAUUUAGUUGGUGCUGCAUUCGGUGGGUUAGUUAGUAAUAUCAGCUCCACUGCUGAGCUUUUAGACGGCGGCAUCCAUGUCGGUUUGACAGUAGCAGCGGUAGCUGGAUUAGCAAACGAAUACCCUGAUUUUAAGGAGGUCAUUAUGAAUGAUAUUUUCCAUAAUAAGACAGAUCAAUUUAAUGAGAUAUACAAAUUAUGUAUGACACCGGAAGGUCCAUAUUAUUCAGAACAAAAAAUGUUUUCAGGUCCUGAAAGAUAUUUCAAAAGUGGUUGGGAUAUUUUGAAGGAUCCAGUUGUUCUGAAAGUACUCAAUAAGAAUAUUUUAGGAUUAGAUAAAGACCAUGGCAUUCCUGAUAUUCCUCUUUUUCUAUACCAUGGGGAGAAAGAUCAAAUGGCUUCAAUUGAGCAAGCUCAAAGAGUUUAUGAUAAUUGGUGUGACUGGGGGAUUGGAUCAUUCGAAUUCGCAGCCGAUGCUUCUGUUGGUCAUCAUUUGGCAGCACUCACUGGCUUGGGGGCUGCGAUGGAAUGGUUAAACAAAAGGUUAGAAGGUGAAAUUCCACUUCAAGGAUGUAGCAAAAUAGUAAGAAAGUCUAAUGCUUUCUACCCUGGAAUUGAAAAAUCUGUAUUUGACUUUAUUACUUCCACUGCAAAAAGCUGGUUUGGAAUUCGAAUUGGUCCUAGUGGUUUAAGCCCAGCACUUGGUGAUACCGGUCGGACAGCCAGUGUAGUCACCAAUAACGGUAGUGUUGUUGUUGAUCAAGCAUAUAUUGACAAAAUUAACUGGUAA